AAAUAUUUACACGUGUCACUUUUUUCUUGAAAAAGUUAGUUUAAUAAUUCAUAGUUGAGAUAAUGACGUAAAUUUCUUAGGCAUAAAUACAUAAUGGGGGGCUAGAUUUAACUUGAAUUGUAAAGGAGUUUGCAAUACCUACAUAACAUUGACCUCCCAAUAAACUAGUGGAUAUGAUCAGUAAUAAUAUCAAAACAACUCAUCACUACAGCGAAUGGACGUCGUAACAGUAUUUACCGUUGGGGGGCUACAAUCCACUCGAAACCGAGGAGAUGAGUGGUGAUCCACCCCCACGAUUUAACGAUACGUCGUCCUCCCAUCAUCAACUUAACAUCGCUACCUCAGCAGGAACAUCGCCUUCUUCGUCUACCUCAUCGUCAUUCCGUACUUCAGCCUCGGAACCCUCGGAUGAUAUUAGUGUGUCGUCAUUACACAGUAGGACGACGAAAAUUACAACGUCAACUGAUAUUGUCAAGAAGAAGACUAAAAGUCAACUCCAGGGUGAACAAAGAUUUAUCCGAGAGCAAGAAAGCGUUUCUUCUUGGACGACGGAAGAAGACGAAGAAGAGGAGGAGAACGAAGACGAGGACAAAAACCAAGAGGACGGUUCAUCAGGGUCUGAGAAUUCACUAUCAGAAGACAAAACUACUAGCAGUUCACUAUUAAGGCGUCAUCAUCAUCGUAGAAGACGACGUACUAAUAGUAGUUCCACGACUACUGCGACUCCGUCUCCAGUACUUCUCAGCUCACGACGACCUCCUCUCCUUUCUGUGCCGAAAUUGAGUUUGGAAGAACGAAAAAAGCACUACCAAUCUCUACCGUUGAGGACGCAAAUAAGACUUUUGAUUGAAAGGGCACUUGCUCGUCAGUUGCAAGAAAAUUUUUCCCCUAACCCCAAAAGAGGGUGGAUCCGUAGACACAUUGACACAUUCUUUCUACGACUGCUCGUCUUCAUCAUGAGGUAUCAUAGAGAGCUAUGUAUUUUAUUUCUGGUAUUUGCCAGUGGGCUGGCUUCCCUUCGGACGAGCCCCAUGAAGACGAGAUCUACCCCAGAACCCAAACCCUUCUUUGACAACCCCAAAUCCCUCCAGUAUAUAGACGACUUUUACCGAGGAGAGUACAUGGACCUGGUUAAAAAUAAGAUAUCGUUAGGACCUGCGUUCGUUUUUUAUUAUGCACCCUGGGACUCUGAAAGUGUCGCAUCGCGAAAUGUUUUUAUAAACGUGGCUCGUUAUUACCGCUACACAUUGCCGAAUAGGAUUCGAUUUUAUGCAGUCAAUUGUUGGUGGCCACAAGGAGAGUGUAGAAAAAAUUACAAAAAUCUUUCGCAUUUUCCAAUCUUUGUUGCUCAUGUGGAGAGAAACAUGGGAAUCAUUUAUAGUGGACCAAUUAGAGCCGAACUGAUAAUAAAAUUUUUGAAUUCCAUUCUGAAACCGUUGACUAGAAUCGAUUCUGAAGACGAAUUGUGGAGAUUUCGGGCCCAACAUGAUGCAAUUCUGUUGAGUUAUUUCAAUUUCACGGAAGGUGAAUCAGUCCGCUCCUAUGAGACUUAUCGACAAAUGGCAUUGAGAAGUUUUGAGUCAGAUCCAUUUGGUCAGGUUGGGUAUGGGAUCUUUCUGAAGCAAGACCUAGCGUUGAAAUACUUUUUAACGUCGUCGAACGUCAUAUCCCUAGUGCUUUUUAACGAGAUUCAUACCGCAAAAUGGACUGGAGAAAAAGAUGCUACUGGAACUCGAGGUCCCGUUAGUCAAGUAGCAAACUGGGUAAUGGAAAGAACAAAGAAAACUCCUAUAACUUGGGCUUAUCAUAUACGGACUGGUUUUGCCAACAGAGCGGUUGCUCUGGGGCCGAUGGAUCUUGUUGAUGAGUUAUCCAGAGGUCCCGUUAUUCUUCUCAUAACUCGUCGAUACUUUCCAUCCUCAUAUUCCCCAUUCUUUGCUCAAGUGAAAGAAGUCGCAUUGGAUUACUUUAACUGCAACAAGAGUGGAAAUGUGACACGAUUACGAAAAAUUACUCAUCAAAUCAACUCUGAAUGGAUGACAUUGUGGAACUCGGUAUCCAAAAUUUGUGCAGCCCAGGUUGGUCCACCAAGUGACACAUGCAUAUUGUUGAGAGAUCAGUUGAAACACUGGAAUACAAAGAGGAGUUCCCUACGCCGAGAAUCUUUAGCAAGUUACAAUGACGCUUCAGAGCGGAUGAAUUUCACUGGAUUUUCUUGUGACUCGGAUCGGCAGUUUAAAUUUGUUGCUAUUGACCCGAUCGACAUGCCUUAUUUUGUUGAAUUGGGAUUUGGAGGACUUGGGUUUCACAAUGAUAGUGACCCAGUUCUAUUUAUAAUCGAUGCUCAAAACGACAUGAUUUUGCCUUUUUCUACAUUCAAUAUUACUGACAUUGCUGAAGUGAUUUACAAUUAUACGAACGACGUGGAAACGAAUGAAGACGUUAGCAAUUUUGUUUCUAACUAUUGGAGUUCAUCUACUACAGAUUCAAGUAUAACCCGUCAAAGAACAACAGCUACUCCACAUAACAGUUAUAGUUUUGCUAAAGAACUAGUCGAACAUGGGCAAAAUCUGGAGAACUUGGAGGAAUUUCCAGUUUUAGGAUCUACCAGACAAAAUCUUGUAAUGAACUUAAAUUCUCAAGACUUACGAAAACUCAUUGAUGGAGUUAAUCCUUUUCAUUUACCGACACCUCUAUUUUUGAUGUACACGGCAAAAUUUUGUGGAGCUUGUGGAAUAAGUUUAACCAGUUUCGUCGACUUGUCGCGAUUUAUGGCAGAUUACUAUUAUCUUGGAGUGAAUAUUACAUUCGCAAAAAUCGACAUGCUACAAAAUUCCUUGCCUGGACCCCUCUCACCAGAAAAGUUGCCAACCUUUGUCUUCUUUCCGGGAAAUGACCGAGCAGACUUCCGAGUGUUUCCUGCAGAUGAGAAAAUUACAACAAAAACUCUCCUUCAAUUCCUUCUCUCUGAAUUAGACCCGGAAUCUAGGAUCAGUUUAAGUUUGCAGAGUCCAGGUUGUUCCAAUGAAGGUUCUUCGUGUACUCGAGAAUAUACUGCUAAUUCUGAUAAUCCACACCUUGUUAAACGCCACCAAGCCGGAUGUAUCUCUCAAGAUAAUCCAAACACAAAUCUCACAUCGUCAAGACAAAACUGUAUCUCUUCAAACAAAAUAUCUGUUGCGGACAAGCUUCAGCUCAUCUUUAAUGAGAUUCAAAACGGGUACUAUUCUCAACCCCAACCAGAUGACGAAACCCAUUUAGGAUUAGGAGUUAGCAUUGACACACUAAAGACGCAAGAUUUGGAUCAUUUGAGAGCUAUGAAAAUUACUUUGGAUGUGUUUAGCUAGAUUUACUUCUAAAUAAUGACAGAUAAGCAUGGCAUUUUCCAAUGACUUUUCAAAACAUUAAUUUAGAUUUAUAUAGUCAUUUGUUCAUUACUCAGUUAAUUUAUUUGACAAUGGUGCUGUGCUUAAUUGCUGCUAACAAUUAUCUAGUUUUGUAAUAUUCUGUCUGUGAUGAUGUAGAGAUAUACUUACGUUACAUUUUUGACAAGGAUGUCGCAUGGUAAAUAGUUGUCGAUGUAUGUAAAUAUGGAUAACUGUAUUUUUCCUGUACACUAUGUAUUCUGCAAGCCAUAGUAAAUUAUAUAAACCAGCAAAUAAAAGAUUGACGAGUGUAUGUAUUGCGCACUAAA